AUGGCUGAUUUGAUACGAGCGAUGGGGGCGCCGAUUGGACCCCCUAUCAAGGACAAGUUAGGAUCGCCCUCUACGGAGUCAGAAGACGGCGGUGGCGAUAUUGCUGAGUUGACUGCUGAUUUAGAGCUUGACGAAGCUGACGGACCUAGCACAAAUGGAGAAAGGCAAGCAGUGUUGGCUCCUCCAGAAAGUGAGUGGUACCAUGGCAGGCUUGAUAGAUAUACUUCUGAAGAAAGAUUGUGGGCUACGGGAAAACAUGGCAGUUACCUGGUUCGAGAAAGUGAUCGAAAACCUGGAUCGUAUGUGUUAAGCUAUCUUGGACGUACUGGGAUCAAUCAUUUUCGCAUAACAGCCGUAUGCGGUGAUUACUAUAUUGGGGGUCGUCAAUUCGAUUCCCUCACGGAACUAGUUGGAUUCUACAGCCAUUGUUCGGAUUUGUUGAAACGUGAAAGACUUGUUGAGCCCGUUCCACCGCCCGAACCUGUCAAUGAUAAGAAGCGCGUGGUCGCCAUCCUGCCCUACACCAAGAUGCCAGACACGGACGAGCUCACGUUUCAGAAGGGCGAUAUUUUCUUCGUACACAAUGACAUGGGAGACGGCUGGCUAUGGGUCACUGCACACAGGACGGGAGAGCAAGGAAUGAUCUUCAGGGAGCUGGUUGAAGACCUGGAUCCAUCAAUCGACCCAAAUACUGUUUUCUCUUGGUUCCACCCUAAUUGUACUAAGAGUGAGGCAGUUGAUAUGCUAGUCAAAGCUGGGCCUGGGAGCUUUUUAGUCAGGCCUUCAGAUAACUCACCAGGCGAUUACUCCUUAUUCUUCCACAUCAAUAACCAGAUUCAAAGGUUCAGAAUCGAGAAGAAAGGUGUUCGGUACUUGAUGGGAGGGAGGACCUUUGAAUGUUUGGAUGCUGUGAUUAAUAGAUACAGGAAGGAACAAAUUGUUGAAGGACAUACACUUGGGCAGCCACUUAUAGCCGAGGGCCACCAAAUAGAACCGCAACAGAACACGACAGGCGCUGCAGCGGAGAAGAUAUACGCCACGCUUCGAGAAUGUAGAGACCAGAUUGGUUUGAAGAAGAUGAAGGGGAUCAAGCAUCAGGGAUACCUUCACAAGAAGUCGGAUAAGGCCACUAAGAAAUGGAAAGCGCUCUAUUUCGUCCUACUCCAAGAGGGGACGGACACACAUUUGUACUUCUACGAUUCUCCUAAACGUACGAAGCCGAAGGGGCUGAUUGAUCUGUCGUGCGCCUAUUUGUAUCAGGUCCACGAGUCCCUAUGGGAGCGUGAAUUUUGCUUUCAAUUAGUGGAAAGGGCGCUGCCGUGUCUCUCGACGCACACUUUCCUCGCUGCUUCCACCGCAACCGAACUACGAGGAUGGCUGGACGCUUUGCGUCCGUUGUGUGUACCGCAGCAGGCCAAGCAUCAGUCUAAAGUUGCUCGUGUGGUAUGGCUCCGAGCAUUGCGCGUACGUUGUGUGACCGCUCACCGACUGCCGGCCCGUUUGGCGCCGCGUCCGUACUUACGCUUGGCGUUGGGUGCUGCGCCCGUCGCACGUACGCGACCGCGGCCAUCGCCCGACCCGCAUUGGGACGACGAGUUUGUCUUUGAUGAUGUGCCUCCAGACGUUACCGCAUUCACUAUUACGGUGCAUAAUACCGGAAAGAGGGGAAAGGAAUCUGAGGUUGCUGAGUUGACGAUAGAAUUGGCAAAUCUCGCAAAUGGCGAAGAAGUUGAAGAGUGGUAUCCCCUAGCGGGAAUGACUCCAAUUGGUGAAUGGGGUUCGCUAAGACUGCGUAUAAGAUACAUGCAAGAACUGGUAAUGCCGCGAGAAGAAUACAACCCACUGCGACAACUGCUUCUAGAACCGGGUUUGCCUGCUGUUAAGGCGCUCGCUGAUUUAUGCAGGACGGACAGACAACCUUUGGCAACAUCGGUCCUUCACGCCUUUUCCGAGUGCGGUCGCGGUGCGGAAUUGGCCCAUGAAUUAUCGGCGGCGGAAGUAGUGCGUGAAGCGGAUCACAGAGCGUUGUUCAGAGGCGCCUCUCUCGCUACCGCAGUACUGGAUGAGUUUAUGCAUGCUCUGUGUAAACCUUUCUUGCAGGCGGCGAUAUCUGAAACAGUGCAGAAGUUAAUAGACGCGAAGCAAUCGGCGGAAUUGAAUCCAACUAAAAUGGACUCGCCCGACGAUGCAUGUAACAACGCCGAGUUUCUGCUCAUGACUCUUGACCAGAUAACAUUAUCAAUAUUCACGUCUCCCGAGGCAUGUCCUCGGCCUAUCCGUUACUUGUGCGGCUGUUUGCAGCGCGCAGCCGUCGCGAAAUGGCCCAAUGAGAGAUUUGUCCGAACACGGGUUGUUUCUGGUUUCAUAUUCCUUCGCCUUAUAUGCCCGGCCCUAGUGGAGCCCCGAGCGUGGGGCCUUCUUAGUGCUGCUCCACCACCACACGCCCAGAGGUCACUACUCAUGGUUGCCAAAUGUCUACAGAAUCUUGCUAAUCUCGUGGAGUUUGGGGCUAAGGAGCCAUAUAUGGAAGUUGUGAAUCCAUUCAUUUUGAAGAACAAGGAACGGAUGGUCGUAUUUUUGGAUCAGCUCAGCUCAGUGCAAGACCCGGGAAACGUACAGACGAAUUCUAACAAUAACUUCGAUAUAGCCAAAGAGCUGGCGACAAUUCAUCACAUUUGCGUGUCUCACCUAAGUGAGCUUCAGACUUUGUCGAAAAGUCAACCUGCUAUAAGGAAACUGGUCACUGUAACGGAAAUGCUGACGAAACACAAGCACAAGUAUCUGGAGAUGAUCAGAUAG